AUGCUAAAACACACCCCUAAGAACCCAGAUUCUGUCCUCACCUUCUUCAAAUCUCAUGGGUUCUCAAAAACUCAUAUCAAAUCCCUCAUCGCCACAACUCCAAAACUCUUCUCCGCGAAUCCUGAGUCCAUCUCAAGGCCCAAGAUCCAAAACUUCAAAGACAAGGGCCUCUCUGAAUCCGAUGUUGUGGCACUCAUCGUUUCAAAUCCUCACAGCUUAACCCCUAGCCUUAUUCACAUGCAUAAAACCGGUGUUGUCUUCCGCUACUUGGACGAAAAUGGAGAUGGGAAGAUCUCUGCUGCAGAAUUAGGGAGCUACAUGAGGACCAUUGGGGAGGAUCUGUCGGUGGAGGAUUCGGAAGCGGUGGUCGAGUCCAUCAACUCGGACGGAGACGGGAUGUUGGGUUUUGAGGACUUUGUUAGAUUGAUUGAAGUUUAG